UCGACUCGGACACAACGAGGGUGGCCCAGAGAGAAGGCCCACCCCCUCUGCCUUCCCCCCCUGGGCGCGCCACCGAUCUUCCGCACGACGAGCGCGUGGCUCCAGGAGGCCCUGACCGACGCCGAGCUUGCCGAGCUGGCCGGCACCGAGGGCUUCGCGGACAGCAUCGGCGUGCUGAGUCUGCACGGCGCCGUGGGCCUGAGGAGCGCCAGCCCGCUGGGGGCGUGCACGCAGCUUGGAGUCGGCUCGGGGUCCGAGGUGAGCGCGGCCAGCAGGCUCCGAGACAUCAGGGGCCUCUCGGCAUGCAAGCGGCUCAAGUCGCUUAGCCUCACCGAGUGCAACAGGCUGAAGGAUCUGAGGGGCCUUGCCGGCUGCACGGAGCUGUCGUCGCUGUACGCGAAUUGGUGCGAGAGACUUGUGGACAUCUCCGACUUGCACGAGUGCAAGCGGCUGUUCUUCCUUGACCUGACCGGUGACGCGAGCCUCUCUAGCCUGAGCGGCUUGGCCUCCUGCGGCACCCUCCGCACGCUGCUCCUCUCCAGGAUGCCGUGCCUCUCCGACAUGUCCGAGCUCGCCGGCUGCAGGCGCCUGGCCAGCGUGGACGCGUCGGAUUGCCCCCGCCUCACCGACGUCUCUGCUCUGGGCAGCUGCCCCGCGCUGAAGACGCUCAACCUCCCGGGGGCGCCCAGGAGGGCGGGCGAGGACCCGGGCUGCUGCCCGCUGCUCACCGCCGUCCAGGGCCUCGAGGGCUGCGGGGCCCUGCUGGAGGCGGACCUCUCGGGGUGCCAGAGCCUGGAGGACGUGUCGGCGCUCGGCGGCUGUCGGAGCCUGCAGAAGGAACUGCGGGUGCUGAACCUUUCUGGCUGCAAGCGCCUGUCAGAUGUGAGCGGCUUGCAGUAUUGUAAGGAGUUGAUCUGGUUGGAUUUGUCAGUUUGUGACAAUUUGGCGGAUGUUUCCAUGCUGACCAAUUGCCAGAAGCUCGUCUCGGUCAAUUUCAGCAACUCGCACCGGUUGCCAGAUGUCC